AUGUCUGAUCUCAAAGCCUCGGUUGCUGAAACGGCGGCCGGGUUCCAUGUCGAGGGUUAUGAGAAGAUUGAAUACGACUUCACCUUCAUUGACGGAGUCUUCGACACGAAGAGGAGUGACCUGGCUGAUUGCUACACACGAUGGGGCCGGUGUCUCGCCGUUAUGGACUACAACAUCUUCAACAUCUAUGGCGAGAAGAUGCAGAAGUACUUUGACCACUACAAGAUCGAUCUCGACAUUCACAAGACCAUGAUCGGAGAGAAGGCAAAGUCCAUCGACACGUUCUUGAGUAUUGUUGAUUCGAUGAACAAAUUCGGGGUCUUUAGAAAGGAACCUGUUCUAGUCAUUGGGGGUGGACUGGUCACUGAUGUUGCUGGCUUUGCCUGUGCUGCCUACCGCAGGAACACGAACUUCAUUCGCAUCCCAACAACCGUUAUCGGGUUGAUCGACGCGUCCGUGUCCAUCAAGGUCGCUGUCAACUACGGCAACUACAAGAAUCGCCUGGGUGCCUACCACGCGCCAAUGCGUACGUUUUUGGACUUUACAUUCCUCCGCACUCUGCCCAAAGCCCAGAUCCGCAACGGGUUUGCCGAAUUGAUCAAGAUCUCCACCUGUGCUCACCUGCCAACUUUUGAACUACUCGACAAAUACUGCGAGCAGCUGAUCGACUCUGGCUUCGGUCGUUGUGACGGUGCACCCGCGGAGGUGCGGAAUGCGGCUGAUGCCAUCAACCGGGCUGGUAUCCACGAGAUGCUCAGGCUUGAAACGCCCAAUCUUCACGAGAUCGGACUCGACCGCGUGAUCGCAUAUGGUCACACAUGGUCUCCUCUGCACGAGCUUGUCCCCGAAGUUCCGCUCCGCCAUGGACACGCAAUCUCAAUAGAUAUGGCCUAUUCGGCCACAUUGGCCAAUAUGCGCGGCAUUCUCAGCGACAAGGAACACCAGAGGAUCCUGCGUCUGUUCUCACGAGCGGGGUUGUCCAUGGACCACCACCAGUUCGACGAAGACAUUCUCGACAAAGGCACCAAGGCCAUCCUGCGGACUCGAGAUGGAAAACUCCGAGCCGCUGUGCCUGCCCCGCUCGGGUCGUGUGUCUUCUUGAACGAUGUAUCCAUGGAUGAAAUGUACGCCGCGCUGAAGCGACACAAAGAAUUAAUGAAGAACUUUCCUCGCAACGGCGAAGGAAUCGAGGCGUUCGUCGACGCCAGUGACACGGGCUACACCGUGAACAACGUGCCCGUCGAAACGGAUAGUGUGUCGAAUGGAUUGAAGUCGUUGACCGUGUUGAACGAUGACGUGCACAAGCAUGGCAUCACUACCAACAGCCACAAUGGUGCUGAUGGGAAAAUGACACACGGUGUCACAACCGCAACGAAGCAUGCGUCGGAUCCUGAAAAGGCCGACAGCCUCAUUGACGGGAUUCGAGGUAUUGGCAUGAACAAUGACAUUUCGAACGGAGGGGGUGAUGGUGUUUCGAACGAGUUAAACGGUGGGAGUAAGAGGAUUGAAGUUCGAGCCUGA